CUGGAUGAAAGUUCACCUCCUGGGGGAACUGGGAGGAGUCCACAGCCGUUCCUCUAAGCUGCGGGAGCGGACGCCCCCCCAAACAUCUGCUCACUUCCGGAGGAAAAACCCGCCUUCACGUCGACACACCGACGCGGCCGCGCGCUUCAGUUCCGCGGGUUCCGGCGCGGAGGACACGCCGUCACGCCGCUGCUCGGAGCGAGUUCGUCCGCCAGGCGCCACAGAGCCGCGCGUGAAAAGCGGAAGCGGCUCCGCCCACCGACGCAGACGGGGGACGUGCACUCCAGCCCACGCGCACAAAAGUCCAAACUCGCUGCUGGGAUCGCAGUUCUCCGUCGUUCCGAACCGGACCUCGCCGCUCAGGAGGCGCGCGCGCGCUCGGCCGUGACAAACAGGAAAAGUUUUGGGUCUCGCGCUCAGAAGCGGCACGCGGAGGAGCUACAGGUCAUUCCGGGCCGGAUUUUUGCUUCUGGUGGUGGGGGGUUUAGCACCGGGGGGCUCGGGGAAGGGGGGGAGACACAAGCCCACGAGGAAAAUGAGCGAAGAGGACAGGUACAAGCUGGUCGUGGUGGGGGGAGGAGGAGUGGGGAAGAGCGCGCUGACCAUCCAGUUCAUCCAGUCGUACUUUGUGUCAGACUAUGACCCAACCAUUGAGGACUCCUACACCAAGGUCUGCACCGUGGACGGGAAGGAGACCCGGCUGGACAUCUUGGACACAGCAGGUCAGGAGGAGUUCGGAGCGAUGAGGGAGCAGUACAUGCGCUCAGGAGAGGGCUUCUUACUGGUGUUCGCUCUGAACGACCGGGGCAGUUAUCAUGAGGUCCAGAAGUUUCACACCCAGAUCCUGAGAGUGAAGGACCGAGACGACUUCCCCAUGCUCCUGGUGGGAAACAAGGCCGACCUGGAGCAGCAACGAGUGAUCUCCAGUGAGGACGCCCAGGCCUUUGCCAGAGAGAACAGGAUCCACUAUAUGGAGGCUUCAGCCAAGAACCGCUACAACGUGGACGAAGUCUUCCUGAAGCUGGUGCACAUCAUCAGGAGGUUUCAUGAGAUGGAAAGUCCUCCUCCCCAAGCUCAGCACGCGGGCAAACAGAAGAGCGGUGGCUGUCCCUGUGUCCUCCUCUGAGCCCCGUUACCAUGGAUACCCAGCCCCAUCCCUCUGCAGCUCGUACAAAAAGAUCUGCCGGCGUGCAUGUGUCUGCGCUUGGUGGUCUGCCAGCGAUUGUCUGCACGCGUGUGCGCGCGUACAUGUGUGUCUGUUUGUGUUUGCAUGUGGCAGUGUUUGUGUGUACGCAUAUGCAUUGCUAAAUGCAAGCCAGUGUUUGCCCUGCACAUGUUUGUGUGUGCUUGCAUCUGUGUGUGUUUGUGUGAGUGUUUGCAUCUGUGUGCGUGUGUGGGCAUAUGUGUCUGUGUGCGUGUGUGUGCGUGUCUGUGUGUGUCAGACAAAUGCAACCCAUUUCCCAGAAGUUUCUUUGAAUCGUUGUCUUUCUUUGGUUUAGUGCGAGGGUCCGGGGGGGGGUUGUGUUAGCUGAAGUUGUGCGACUGCUGCAGCAGCAUCACACUCUUGGAAGCUGUCCGUCUGUCGGACAGCGGAGCUUUUUCCGUCUUUGCCGUGUGCAGUUCACUGCUGGCGUGUCAGAAGAGCGGAUGAUUCAUGAUCUGGAGAAUGUGACACACCCAGCAUGAGUCAGGCUGCUGCCGCGCCGCAUGGCGUCCUGAAGGGGGCGCCAGAGCCUCAUCGAGAGGGGAAGAGAUGAGGCCCAUCAUGGUCUUCCUCCCUUAGAGGCUGCUGCUCACACAACUUCCAUGAAAAACACCUUUGGAUCGUGAGAUCAGCGGCUGAGGAUGCAAAGUUUUUACGGUUUCCAUCUCUGCUGGUCGUGCACGCAUGACGGGUGGGGCUGUGGUUGGGAGGGAGGGGCUAAACCAAGCCUCACCUGACCGCCUCAGGUGGUCCAGCUCACCCGCACAACUGAGGGAUCAGAAACCUGAAGUUGAGGUGCAGCAAACGCCCUCCCUUCCUCUAAAUGUAUGAUUCUAUGUAACUUCAAUAUUACAGGACUGUAGACGAAGGCUUCGUCUGCUGACGGCAGCGUUUGGACGACCACACGACAGAACUUCUUCUGGAAACGUCUAACUGAAAACGUGUCCAGUUUUGUAUUCUCUCGUUAUUAAAGAUCCCAAAGUAAAUCACAAUCUAUUAUCUGCAUAUUGAAUUUUAUUAUAACAGUUUAAUCCAUUUUGUACAUCAAUAAAAGUUUCUAUAAUCUUUC